GUGAAUGACGUAAUUAGCGUGAAACAAGAUGGCGUCGCCUUGGAAAUAAUUUGCAGUUGACGAGUUUGGAGGCGGUAAAGUCUGCCUGCCGUCGGGCUUCAGUGUCGUAUAGAGGCGGUUUUUUGAUCAAGUACGUGUCGUCGGAUUAGAUAAGACCGCGGAGGGCGUUGGGAAGCGUCCAGGUGGAGCCCACCAAUCUCUUGUUUGUUCCCUCCUCCGACCCUCCGGUGACAGCCGGAGAGGUGAGCCGCUGACAAACGGGAUGGAUCCUGGAGAGUUCAUCUCUCCCAUGGAGACCAUGGACUCCACUUUAGCGGAAUUAGGGGACGAAUUCACUUUGGGAGACAUUGACGAGAUGCUGCAGUUCGUCAGCAACCAGGUGGGGGACUUCCAGGACAUGUUUGAGGACCAAAUCUCCACGGGGGUCUCUGUCGUCGGCGCCCCCCAGCAGCCGGCCGUCCAGGCCCCGCCCACUCCCCAGACCCCAAGCACCGCAGCUUUCCAGACCUCCACCAUGAGCCUCGUCUCAUCCCAGACACUGUCUCCUCAGACUGUACCCCUCACGCCCCCCCUGACCCCGGCACAGACCCCGUCCCCCACCAACACCCCGCCGGUGCAGCAGCAGCAGCUGACCCGCAACCCGCCGCUGCUUCAGCCGCGGCCCCAGGUGGUCCAGGCCAUCCAGCCUCAGCCUCAGCCUCAACAGACGGCCCAGGCGGCCAUCCAGAUGCACACCCAUGGGGUUCCGCUCCAGACCCAGAACUUCCCUGUCCAGACUUUGGUUCAGACCCACACCCAGACACCGCUCCCCAUCCAGACACAGGCAGCCCAGACUGUGAUGAUCGCCUCCAGCGGGGGCCAGUCUCACUACAUCCAGAACCCAGUCAUCUGCCAUCAGAGUCCUGCUCCCAGUUUCCAAGUCCUCCAGCCACAAAUGCAGAGCAUCAUGACAUCACCACAGCUGCAGCCAGUCACCAUUCAGCAUCAGCGUGUUCUGACCCCAACAUGUCAGACCAUCCAGACUCUCUCUACAGCGCCCACUGCAGUCCACACCAUGCAGCAGCAGAUGCAACAAGUACCGGUUCUGGUCCAGCAGCCUCAGAUUCUUAAGACGGACUCACUGGUCCUCACGACGCUCAAACCAGACGGGACUCAGGUGCUGUCCACCAUGCAGAGCCCCGCAGGAAUCACCACCCUGACCACGCCCAUCCAGAACACGGCGCUACAAGUCCCGACUCUGAUGGGCAGCAACAUUCUGACCACAGUUCCGGUCAUGAUGGGAGGAGGAGACAAACUGCCCAUCAAGCAGCUCCAGCCAGGCUCCGCCCCCUGCGCUACCGCCGUCCGACCGAGUAUGGAGCAGAGCCCGGUGUUGGCAGGGCAAGGAGUCGUGGUGAAGGAGGGCGAAAGGAGGACAACCCACAACAUCAUCGAGAAGAGAUACAGAUCCUCCAUCAAUGAUAAGAUCGUGGAGCUCAGAGACCUGGUGAUGGGCAGCGACGCCAAGAUGCACAAAUCAGGCGUGCUGAGGAAAGCUAUUGACUACAUAAAGUACCUGCAGCAGGUCAACCACAAACUACGACAGGAGAACCUCUCCCUCAAGAUGGCCAACCAGAAGAACAAGCCUGUGAUCCUGUCCGAAGACGUCGAUCUCAAACAGGAGGGAGUGAUGAUGUCUCCUCCGGCCUCGGAUUCCGGCUCCAGCUCCCCGCACCAGUUCUCUCCGUACUGCGUCGACUCUGAGCCAGGCAGCCCCUUACUGGAUCACCAUCAGGUGAAGAGCGAGCCGGACUCUCCCUCCACGGUGGGAGUGAUGGACCGUUCUCGGCUGCUGCUGUGCGCGCUGACCUUCUUCUGCCUGUCUCUAAACCCACUCCCCUCUUUGCUGGGCUCAGAGGACCCGGGUAGCCACGGCCUGGCGGCGGCCCACGUCCCAACCAGGACGCUCGUCUGGUUUCCAACUCACACACAGGACUUCGCUUCUUGGCUGCGCUGCCUGUUGCCAUGGGUGAUUGUGUGGGUCCUGAGUGGGGUGGGGGCGCUGUGGGGAUGUGUCAGGGUGUUGUACCUGUGGGAGCCUGUCACACCCCUUCACUCGCCCAAAUCAGUGUCCUUCUGGAGGCACCGCAAACAAGCAGACCUGCAUCUCAACAGGGGAGAUUACACGGCGGCAAUGGCCAGCUUGGAGACUUGCCUCUCCGUCUUGACGAGAGCUCUGCCCUCCAGCGUUCUGGACCUGCUUUGCUCCCUGUCCUGGAAUUUCAUCCGCUACUGUCUGCAUCGUCCGGUGCCUUUCGGCUGGCUGGUCCACCAGGUCGGGGGGAAGCACGAGGGAGAAGAGGCGAGGACGAGCGCGAGGGACGCAGCGUUGGUUUAUCACCAGCUGAGCCAGCUGCAGCUCACAGGGAAGCUGCCUCAGCGCAGCAGCCUUUGGGCUUUGUCUCUGUCUCUGAGCGCCGUCAACCUCAGCGAGAGCGCCCACGGCAAGAUGGCGCCGGCUCAGUUCGCUCAGAUCUAUGUCACUGCAGCGACGGCCCUGCGCUGCGUCCUGGGACACCAUCUCACGUUCCUGCCGGGAUACCUCCUGGGUUGCGCAGAAAACGUGGCCAACCAGUCGGAGACCAAGCAGAUCCCCGACUGCCUGCGCUGGCUCUUCACGCCGCUCGGCCGGCAGUUUUUCCUGAGCUGUGAUUGGUCGGUGAAGUCGGACAGCAGCGAUGAAGUGUUUACUUCUCAAAGAGACCCAGCCGACCCCAUCGCCCAGCUGCACCGCUGCUUCUGCAGGAAGCUUCUGGAAAGAGCCGUUCACACCCUCAUCCAGCCGCAGAGCGACGCCGACGCAGGCAGCUGCAAGAACAACUUGGGGGAAUUCUCCAACGCCCUGGAGUUCCUGGAGUUGCUGAACAGCUGCACAGAGGACUCUCCUUCUCCACCCACCCCCUUCACGACUCCUCCCACUUACACCGCCAUUCCAGUGGGCGACCCGGUGAGCCGCUGGUGGGCUCUGGUGCUGAAGGCGGCUGCUCAUUGGCUGCAGGGCGACGAUGUCGCAGUGAGGUCCCUGUUGGCAGAAGCGGAGCGGAUGCCGAGAGCUCUGCUCAUUCUUGACCGCCCGCUGCCCAAAGCCGUGCUGCUGCUCUGCAAGGUGGUCCAGAUGAGCCUGUCUCCUCUGAAGGGGGACGGCGUGGCGGCCUGCCUGUCUCACUGCGACCGCUCCAGCAGCUACCUGCGCUCCAGCGUCUCCGUGCCGCUCGGCCCAUCUGGGAACUGGCUCAGCAAGGGGGUGGAGCUUCUUGUUUGUGAUCUGCUGCUGACAUUAAGGACCAGUUUAUGGCAGCGAGGAGGCAGCAGCAACGGAGAGCCGGGUCCGGCCCCCGGAUCCCAGCUGGCGGGUUUCCAGAGGGACCUGAGCGCUCUCAGGAGGCUCACACAGUGCUACAGACAGGCACAACACAAGGUUUUUCUUCAUGAGACCACGGUGCGGCUGAUAGCUGGAGCCAGUCCCACCAGGACGCACCAGCUGCUGGAGCACAACCUGCGGCGCAGGACGAACGGCUCGUACUCGGCCGAUGGCGAGUGCGUCGUCGGGGAGCGGGAGCGAGCUCACGCCAUCCUGCUGGCCUGCCGCCACCUGCCCAUGCCCCUGCUGACCCCACCGGGCCACCGGGCCCGCCUGCUGGCCGAGGCCAAGCGGACGCUGGAGCGGGUGGGCGACCGCCGGUCGGUCCAGGACUGCCAGCAGAUCCUGCUGCGCCUCAGCGGGGGAACCACCAUCGCUGCUUCCUGAAAACAGAAAGAAACACCGCUGAAACUUUUGUUUUCAUGCUGAACAAAAAAAACAAACAAACAAAAAAAAAAAACACGGAAUAGGGAAAACGGCUGAUGAUGUAGGGGUGAGAUGAAUGAUCCCUACACAUUUUCUAAUUUAUUGUUACAGUGCUGCGGCUCCACCGUCUGGACAGUAGUGGUACUGGCAGCCUCCUUUUGAAACCAUUGAAACUCGUCGGUCAACUUUAAUCCGAAAACAAUCAGGAGCUACAUCAGAAUUUAGCUUCUUUAUUCGCAAACAAGCCCACAAAUGGAUCCAGAGGAACAAUCCAGGUCCAGAAAAACAGGAUGAUGCAUCACAGCUGAUGCAGUGCAGAUCAGUUUUGGGUGAUGACGUCGUUCAGUCAUCAUCGGCACGCGGUGAUGAGUGGUUAAAUCGCUGCUUCCUUUUUAAUUUGCAAGCUCCCAGAGAGCGGAGGAGGCGUGCAGACCGGCUUGUUUUAACUGUGCAGUGCCGAGUGUUGUGUCGUCUUAAUCUACCUCAAACACUGUCCAGUGGCAGCACCGUUUCAUGCAGCAACAUAGGAAAAUGAAGCUGAAGGCUGAAAUUUGACUCUUUACUUAACUCUGCAGACCCGUUGAACUCGGAUCGUGGGGUUUCGGCAGAACGAAUUCUUGUGACGUCUGCAGAUGUCGAGAAAACGAAUUCCGUUUUGAUAAAAUACAAUUAAAGCAGAUUAUUACAUUCGAUGUGGUAGUUGUAUAUAAGUUGUACAUAGGAGUAGAUUAAAAAGACGACGUUCUUUGCUUGAGACGAUGCACAUUGAAGCGUCAGUGAGGCGAGGUCAACCGUCUGAGCCUUCCGGCGAAUCGCGUCGCUGCAGCGCGGCAGUUCCCUGGAAGUGAGGACCAUCUGAAGCUCUCAAGCAAAACAGCCUUUUAUGUUCUGUACAAAGCAAAUAUUUUCUUAUGUUGUAUCAAUUUUAAAAAAAAUCGACAAGUUGUAUCUUUUUAAUUUCUUUUUUUUGUUCGAUUAGCUUUUUACUUGUAAUUAUCGACGUGACGCGGCACUUUUUAGUUGUUGUUUCUUCGCUCUGGAUAUAUUAUUUAAUGGUGGUGUGAGAUAAAUGCUUUUGGCCGGUCGGUUGUUAUUGUUUUUGUAUCUGUUAAAGCAGCAUAGGGGCCAGAAACUGUAACAUCAAGACAUUUCUAUUGUUUUUAUACAAAUGUAAUCCCUUGUUUAGUCAAGAAAAGGUUACUUCUGUCAAGCAGAUGGUUUUUUUUUUUAAAGAUGUGCAAGAAUAAGGACAGGAUAUUCUCCCACUAUUGAAAACAAGUUAACGUUUAAUUAGUACUGAAAAUAUUUUUGUGUAUAUUUAGUUAACUCUGCCUGCUAAAUGGAUUAAGCGAAAGGCAAUGGCUCAGCUGAGAGUUUUCUGUUGAUGUAGUUGUUACUUUCCCACCCCCGCCCCUCAAGGUGUUUUAUUGUUUGAACAGUUUUUGUUUCAUUUUAUUCUUUUCUAAUAAAACAGCAGAACGUUGUA